AUGCAACACUUCCAAGCCCACGUACCCGGUGGGUACAACGUAUUGGGGUGGUUCCCUAUACUAUGUAUGAUGUCGGCGUGGUCGGCUCUGGGCCAUACCAAGCUCUGUGGCGACCUUGCUACAGUAUCCAUCUUUCCUAGGAGGUGGGUAAGGUUGGUGGGGGUCAACUGGUCGGUCGUCGCACCGGCAAAAUUGAUGAUACGGCUAAAACGCUGUGAGCUAUUAUCAAACAAAGUGUCCUUUAAGGGGCCUGCCAAUGCUCAUCGGCCUGCUGAAUUCCGUGUCUCCCUACUUUGGUAA